AUGAAGUUCGGUGCUGAAACCAUGGAAUUGGUCUUGUAUGGGUACAAGGAGAGGUCGAUGCGAGCAACAGUCUGGUACACGCCAACUCUAUUUGAGGCUGAGUCAGAGGAACUGGACCCGAUGCAAAAAUGUCCCAGGAGAGGCUACAAGAAAAAGAAAAGGCCUACAUGCCCGGACUUAGAGCAGGAUGGAUGUAGUGAUUGCAAUGAGAAACUGGUCAUCACUGUGACAAUAAGUCACCAACCUGGCAGUGGAGGGAGCACUGUGGCUCGUCACAUCCUGUGGGACUUCAGGAAGAGACUGAGAAGUGCAACUGUCAACACUUCAACCAAGCUUCAUUCUUCUGCAUUGCAAGAGGUCUACAUUAUCAGAGACAUUUCCAAAGCAUCUGACACUGUGCAUGUUAACUAUAAAUUAUCAGACAAUGAGAAAGUGUUGUUCAGUAGUAAACUGAAAGAACUUAAAAUGCAGUACGAAGAAGAUUCCAUCCUUACAUUUGUUCUAGUGACCAAAGAAUUUGAUCAAAACUAUCUUCAACAAUCUGUGAAGAAAUUGCUCACGAGUAUUAAUCACAUACCUGAUGUUCUUGAUCUAAUUGGAAGCCUUGCAAUGCUAAAUCAUUACGUGGAAGAUUCUUACAUUACAGAAUCUCAGUGGGAGGCAUACAUAAAACAACAUGCACAGUGUCAACGUUCACAGCACCUUUCUUUAGACAGCACACUAAGAAAAGCAGCAGGCUGUCUGCUCUCUUGUUUGCAUGAGCCUGAAGCAGAACUCCAGCACAUUCGCAUAAUACAUUGUAAAGUUGCAGAAGAAAUACUAAAUCAGCUGGUGGUGCCACGAAGUCACAUUGUUAUGAACCUUCUUGAGUGGAAUGUAUUUUUCAAAUCCCAGUCCUCUAAACAAGUCGAGAAAUUUAUUAGGCAACAGUUUGUCAAAAGAAAAGACAGCACAGAUAAGGUCAAGCUUUCAUUUCCUCCCCUUAUUACACACAUUUGUGAAAAAGAGGGUAAAACUAAAGCUGAAGUUGUUCUGGAAAAAGCCUGUGAAUGUUUUGAUCAGGAUGCUUUUGUGGCUCAGCAAUUUGCUCGAUUUUUGUGUUGUGAGAGAAAUUUUACAAAAGCUGAGACAUGGGUGCAAAAGGCUCACUUAUUACAACCAUCCAAUUCUUACAUUUUUCAUACAGAAGGUCAAAUAUAUUGGAAGUGGUUUAAGUCAGUCUUCAGUGUGGAAAUGCAAAAUACACCACAGCCCUCUGCACAAAGGUUUCAAAAACCAAUAGAGCUCGCACUGAAGGCAAUUGAUGCUUUCGAGAAUUCCCAAGAAACAGCCAAGGCAGAAUCUGACUGGAAUAAUGCAGGCUAUUUCAGUGAAGUAGAGGUUGGGUGUUAUGUUGUGCAGCUUUUGCCUUUGCUUGACAUAUUUAAAGGCAAGAAUGGAUGCUACAUGAACCUGAUAAAAUAUUUACUGACAGAUUGGAUCCCAGAAGAAAUAGGCAAAACCUGGGACAGUUUCCAUCAAAAGCUAAAACGAUUGCACAACAACAUUUGCAAAGCAAUGGAAUCAGUUUAUGAACGCAUGGCCUACUUCCAUCCUGAUAAACACAUUGAGGAGAAGCAUUUUGAUAACUUAAGAAAAAGUGAAAAACAAUUCUCAUCUUUCUUCUGUUUCUUGGAAGAUUCCAGAGACCAACUGCUGAGGCAAGAAAACUUGGAGCAUCUGACACCAAUUUUAAAAUGUCACAAAAUUUAUCAUCUGGGAGGUGGACGAUUCACUAAAAUAUUUUCUUUAGCCCCUGAAACUUUAAUUGAAAUAACACAGUUGUGCACUAAUAAACAUGACGAAAGUGAUCUGAGAAACUACAUCUUGUCACAGAUUGCCCUCGCUGUCCACUCGUACAACUGUUCUGAAGUCAAGAUUUCUGAAGAGGAACUUCGUGACUUCAGCCACAGCCUGUGUGCGCUGAAUGCUCUAGGACAGUGCCCUGUCCCAUAUUUAAUACAGGUAUUAUUGUACUGGCCAGAAGCUGAAGCUGACGAUGAUUCAGGAGAAGAAAACAAUAUAUGUUUAAUUAGUGCAUUAAAUACCAUGGACGACCUGUACAAUACCAAAAUAAAGGAUGUCCAGGCUAAGAGAAAAACUACUUGCCCUCAUUUCUUCCUGGGACCAGGAACUGGCUUUCAGAGGUUUAUCUACAACACAUACCUUGGAGAUAGUAACCCACGGGAAGUAAAUCCGAACAAGCUACAACGCAUUGAGGGUUGGACUGAAGGCAAUCAGCUUUUUGUCCAGGGGCACUGCAGAGAAAGUAAGAUUCCAAUUUACUGUGGCCCCAAAUGUUUGGUACCAUCUGGGAGCACAAGUGCUUCAUUCUAUUUAGGAUUUACAUUGCGAGGCUGUGUUGCUUAUGACAUUCAGUUUGACAUCAAGGAUGGAGAUUUGGAAUGAAUAAUUUGCAUUGAUGGACUCUUGUCUUUUUGGGCUGAUGGUACUCAAUGCUGCACAAGCACCAUUCAUUUUUAAAUAAUGCAAUGGAAAGCUCACAUUAUGGUAGUACAAAAUUUAAGUCUUAGAAUUAAUAUAAAUUGUGAGCAAUGUAAAUUUAAAUUUAUUAACUGAUGGGACUGUGUAGACUUCUUCUAGUAGCUAGGUGGACUAGAAUAAGAGAACUGUCGACAUGAGAUUGAGUAUAUGAGAUGUGGCAUACAGAGAAAGGGAAAGCUCUUAAUCCAGAAAGUUAUAAGUCUGUGAAAUUCAAUUUCAGAUUCAAUAACUUAGGCAGAAACUAUGCCCGAAUUAGCUUAGCUAGAUGGUUGAAGGGGUAUGGGA